CUCAUUGGCGCCGCGCGGAGAGGCGGAAUGUUCAACUCCUGACUCCGGCGGAAGCGUGGGAGCAGCGCGGGCCGCCGUCCCCGACCCCCGCCGCCGCUCGCACCGGGCCCGGGAGCCAGAUUUUGUGGACGUUUACUACUUUGUCAUUAUGAGAUGUCGUCUCUCGGUACCUCCUUUGUGCAAAUUAAGUUUGACGACUUGCAGUUUUUUGAAAACUGCGGUGGAGGAAGUUUUGGGAGUGUUUAUCGAGCCAAAUGGAUAUCACAGGACAAGGAGGUGGCUGUAAAGAAGUUACUCAAAAUAGAGAAAGAGGCUGAGAUACUGAGCGUCCUCAGCCACAGGAACAUCAUCCAGUUUUAUGGGGUGAUUCUGGAACCCCCCAACUAUGGUAUCGUCACAGAAUAUGCUUCCCUGGGGUCCCUGUAUGAUUACAUUAACAGCAACAGGAGUGAAGAGAUGGACAUGGAUCACAUCAUGACCUGGGCCACCGAUGUAGCCAAAGGGAUGCACUACUUACACAUGGAGGCUCCGGUCAAGGUGAUCCACAGAGAUCUCAAGUCAAGAAAUGUCGUCAUUGCUGCUGAUGGAGUACUGAAGAUCUGUGACUUCGGUGCCUCUCGGUUCCACAACCACACAACACACAUGUCCUUGGUUGGAACUUUCCCAUGGAUGGCUCCAGAAGUUAUUCAGAGUCUCCCUGUGUCUGAAACCUGUGACACGUAUUCCUAUGGUGUGGUUCUCUGGGAGAUGCUAACAAGGGAGGUCCCCUUUAAAGGUUUGGAAGGAUUACAAGUAGCUUGGCUUGUAGUGGAAAAAAACGAGAGAUUAACCAUUCCAAGCAGCUGCCCCAGGAGCUUUGCUGAGCUGUUACAUCAGUGUUGGGAAGCUGAUGCCAAGAAACGGCCAUCAUUCAAGCAAAUCAUUUCAAUCCUGGAGUCUAUGUCAAAUGACACGAACCUUCCUGACCAGUGUAACUCAUUCUUGCACAACAAGGCGGAAUGGAGGUGUGAAAUUGAGGCAACCCUUGAGAGGCUGAAGAAACUAGAGCGAGACCUCAGCUUUAAAGAGCAGGAGCUCAAAGAACGGGAGAGACGCUUGAAGAUGUGGGAGCAGAAGCUGACCGAGCAGUCCAACACCCCGCUUCUCUUGCCUCUUGCUGCAAGAAUGUCUGAGGAGUCUUACUUUGAAUCUAAGACAGAGGAGUCAAACAGUGCAGAGGUGUCAUGCCAGAUCACAGCAACAAGUAACGGGGAGGGCCAUGGCAUGAACCCAAGUCUGCAGGCCAUGAUGCUCCUGGGCUUUGGGGAUGUCUUCUCAAUGAACAAAGCAGGAGCUGUGCUGCAUUCUGGGAUGCAGAUAAACAUGCAAGCCAAGCAGAAUUCAUCCAAAACCACAUCAAAGAGGAGGGGGAAGAAGGUCAACAUGGCCCUGGGGUUCAGUGAUUUUGACUUGUCAGGUGAUGAUGAUGAUGAUGAUGAUGAUGGCGAGGAGGAAGAGAACGAUGUGGAUAAUAAUAGUGAAUGACGGCAGAAAGUAAUAAAGCUGAAAUGUUUUUUUAAUGUAAGAAAUGUAUUAUCUCAGUCUGUGCAAACAGCAGCAUAGGGAGGCGAGCACUGAGUACUGCACCUUAGGCCAUGCUCACCGAGGGCGAUUUCCUCAUCAGUGUGACUUUACUUUUGCAUUCAGAAAAGUGAGGCACGGGAAUUAAGCUAAAGGUAUAUUUAUUAGCGAGUGUGGUGCCUGGUUAUAGAAACGUGUGAUUAUAUACAUACCAUGUCCUUAAACAAAUGACAUUUGGGCCUUUCUGCUUUAAAGUACAUACUUGGUAGUUUGUAUUUGACUAUUGUAUUCCCUUCACUCACUCAGUUGGGAAAAUGUCCAUUUGGAACAAGUUCUACUCCUGACUCCACUAAGGUUCUUCCUUGUCCAGUACAUCAUAAUGGUGGAGGUGAUGGACGACUAUAACAUACAGCCACAUUUAAAAGCGGGGGGGCUGAGAUGAAAUGAGGUUAUUUUUUUAAAAAUGCUUCUUCAGAAAUAACUAGACACCAGGAAUUUACAAACCAAAUAGCACACAGCUCCUCAAAGUAAAACCUUAGUGGUGUUCUCUAGUGACAUUUGAAGGGGAAAUCCUCUGGGUUUGAAGUGAGCAGCAGACAUCACUAGCUUGCAUCCCCCAUGCUGGCUGGAAGCAUCCUAACAUGAACACACUGUCACCGUAAGCUUAGCUUGUGCUUUAUACAGAAUUUGGAUGUGUCUAGGCAUGAGCAGGCUGAGCACACACCUGCUCUGUCCAUCCAAUAAAAUCACUCUGUUUCUGUUUCCCAGAGGUGCAUAUAAUAAUAUUAGAUUGUAAUCUAUGUGUAGGAAAAAUAAACACUAUAAAUAGGGAAGACAGGUUAUCCCUCUUAGACACAAGUAUGUUCUGAUCAGGUCUUUCUGUUAAAUGUCGCUAUACAGUGCUGCCCCCCCCCUUUCUUUUCACUGAGCUCUGUGAUGCUGGUUUGAGAAAUAGAUUCAGGUUGCUACUUACUAUGAAGGCCAGGCUACCCAGAGACACUCUCAGAGACUAGCUUCUCUAUCAAAACUUACUUAAGCUAUAAAUACAACUAGAUAAAUACAAUACAAAACUCUUUAUCAGUCUAAUGGGACAUAGUGUCAUUCAUUUGACAAUGAAAACGAAAUAGUUUUCUGUGGUCCUUUUUGUUCAGAAGCUGACAUCAGGUGUGUGUGGUGGCUAGUGUCCAUAAUCCUGGUACUUGGAAGCUGAGGCAGAAGGAUGGUGAGGUUAGCAACAGCCUGAUGGAGCUACAAAGCAAGACUCUGUCCCAAGAAAGGAUUAGAUGCCAUCCACUGCUGUUUCUAAGUAUGUUUGGUUAUGAAGUCUUUGGGAGUCUGAGAUGGGGUGUGCUUCUAACCCUCAGUGAGAAUUGAAAUGUCCCACCAAAAAUGAAAGCUCACUGCAGCUUUAUUGGGGAGAGAUAACUAGUGCAAGGUUCUGACUGUCUGUGGCUGUGCAGUCCUGGGUAGACUAUUUAAUCUCAGAGCCUAUAUGCUCUUCAUUAUCAUGAUGCGAAUGCUAAUCUACUUCAAAGAAAAAGAAUCAGAAGAAAGUGUCUGACCAUGUAGCAUAGCACCAGGCCAUGGCAGGUGCCACUUAACACCACCUACAGCUAAUUGUCAAGUAAAAGAGACAAGAGAAAUAAGUGGGUUCAGUAACCUCUGCUUACUCAGAAGUAUGAAGCUAAGAGUAGAUAGCCAUCAGGAAAUAUAAAGAGAGCAAUUUUUAGGAUGUAAAAAUGUGCAAACAGAUUUAAUUCAGUUGCCCUUGGAACCUGUGUGCCAUGACCAGGUCUACCUGUGCUGGGUGUUUACAGACUGGUACAGUCUGCCUGAGAAGGUGACUUCCCCUUGUGCCUGUCCUGUUGUAAUCUUCUGCACAUAUAUAUUCUAGAUAUGUAGCCAUGCCACUCAAGCAGAACAUCUUGGAGGGGGCAAAAGUUGAUGCCUAGCAACCCCUGAUUUCCCAGCAUGCUGUGAGUACCUGAAGGAGACAAUGGCAAGUACAGGCUCUUAAAGCCUCUUGCACAUCUAUAUGUCCAGGCACAAGUUAAAGUCAACAAGUGUUCACUGGGGCCCUGUUCUACCGAGUUCUCGAGAAUAGAUGACAGCGUCUGCACGCAGUGAAGCGUGCGUGCUAGUGAGCAGUCAGGAUAGCGUGUGUCAUAGAACGUUAUGAUUUUAAGUGCAUGCUGGAGAUCGGAGGGAGGAAGAGGAGGCUGGUGUGAGAGGUCGUCAGAGUGUGGUCAGAAAAGGCCCGGCUGAUGGGUAACAUCGUACAGAGCUGAGGGAAGUGGAGGGAGCUCUGUGAGAGGCGACUUCUGCCCUCGAUGGAAGAGCAUACGCCUCACCCCCCCCCCCAAUCAGGAGAUGGUUUAGAACAUAUAAAUGGCAAGGAAAUCAUGGGGGGGUUCCUAAAUUAAUACCUAAAUUCAUAUUCUAUAUAAAAUUUUAAUGCAUUAAAAACCAGCCAGAUAGUGCCACUAGGGAAAAGUUACUGGAUUCUAUACCCAGACCUAGGUUUACCAUUACCAAGUGUAUUUCUCCCAUCUCUUAACUGCUGCCUUUUUCUCCAUCAAUGUUGGAGCCAUACUCAUAGCUCAGUACUCAGUCAUGGAGAAACCACAGGACUUGGGAUAGAGCCUCGGUGGAGAGCUUCUAAACGCUCUGUCUGGGACUACAUAAUACACCAUUGGCUAGUUUAUUUCUGCUCCAAAUUAGUCUACAGCUAGUUGCUUAGAAAUGUUCAAACAUGCUGGGCGUGGUAGGGCAUACCUUUAAUCCCAGCACUCAGGAGACAGAGGUAGGAGGAUCUCUGAGUUCAAGACCAACCAGGCCAGCCAGGGCUGUUACACAGAGAAACUGUCUGGGGGGAAGAAAUGCUCAAACGUACCUGAAAUCUGACUCAUAUAAACAGGAUCCUAUGGAGUUCUCACACCAUCUAUAAGGAUCACUAGAAAGCUUUAGAUUCAGUUAAUUUUAUUUUUUUUAAAUCUAUUAGCAGAAUUUCUAAUGAUGCUAAUAUAGAACUAACUCACUUAUUAGGUCAGAUUUUGAACAAUGACAAAUUAUCAGUGUUAGAUUUUAUUUCAAUGACAUGACUUACAAAGGAACACAAUUCAGAAUUUAAAGAAGUCCCCAGAAAUGUAAAGGUUCAGAUGGAGAGUUAGAACUCUGGAUUAUGGUGAUAAUUGUUAACCAGAUGGCAGGCUGCCUCGCCUUUACCUUUCCCUGAGCAUGGAGAAUUUGAGGACACCAACUGUAGGUCUCAGCUGAUAGGAAUUGCCACCUUGACUAGCCAGCUUACUGCCUAGCCUGAUGGCAUCCUGCUUGCCAGGAACAGUCCUGUCUUGCAAAAUCCCCACAGCGUUGCCCUGUCCCCACUGUGGUUUGUUAAGUCUUUACACUUCUGCUAUCCAGAUCUAGUUUUCCCCCAAACAAAAUUACCCGAGCCUUUUCAGAGCGAUAAUGACACCUCCUGCAUUUUAGGAAGUUGUAGCUUUUUCUCAGAACCCUGUUUGUGGAAAUGAUUUCUCCCCCCACCCCAUGGUUGCGGGUAGGAACCCUAUGAAAAACUGCGUCCCUGGGGGAGGGGCACUGACCCGUUAAGGUGACUCCACAAUAGGACAGCCCUGGUGGAGAGGCCAUCAUUCUGCAGUCAUUUCAAGGAAAUUUUUUUCUAAUCUUUUUUUUCUUAAGUAAAAUCACAUUUUUAUUGUUUCACAAAUCGCCAAUGGGAUAAGGUUGAAAGCACACGGCACACUUCUUUUGAUGCCCUGACAAUACUGAGGACUGCUUUGGGUUUGUUUUUUGUUGUUAGUGUUUUUUUGUUGUUUUUUUUUUUUUAACCAGUAACUUUUAAAAAAGAAGCAGUGAAUUUGUUAGUCUUUAACACCAGCUGAGGUAUUCACACUUGAUCCCAUUAAAAUCAAAGGGGGUGUUCAGAAGAGACCCAGAGCCGUUUUCCUUCAAGUUACUGUGUGUGUGUGUGUGUGUGUGUAUACAUGUAUAUAUAAAACUCCAGUUUUCAUUAGAAUGCUAAGCAUUUUAUGAAAGAUAGUUUUCAAACCUAGUGAGUUACAUAUUGAUACUUUAAAAACUAUUUCAAAAGUAUUGGGCAGCCUUGUGAAACCAGUCAAGUCCCACCACGCCACAGACACACAGUAGAGCAUAAAUCUUUCUAUAAUCAGGCACCGUCUGCUGCUUUCAAGAAAGACCAUUUUCCUGUGUAGACUAUAAGCACUGUCGCAGAGGCUCCAUCCUGCUGCACAUAGCAUAGCCUGACAGACAGCUCUGGGUACAGCAUUCUGUGAUUAAAAAGUGAAUGUCUGUCAGGAAAUCGGGACAGGCCAUGUCUCCUCAGACCCCAACCUUGUGGGCACUCUGUUGCUUGUGUGAGAAACUUUCUGGCAUGUGGUUAGUUAUUUCAAACUGGAGUUCAGGCACUGAUGCAACUGUUUUAUAGCGUGUGCGAAAUACUCUUAGUUCCAACACGACACACUGCUUUUGCACUCUAAAAAUAUUAGAAAUAUUUCUAUCCUUUGAGUGUGGGCUUUUAAUAAGGGGCAUCAUCACUGUGUUUUCAUAAUAGUCUUCUCUCCUUCACUCUAUUGCAAUGUUAUCCUGAGCAAGUCUAUGCCAAAUGCCAUGUAUAAUGUUUGUAUGGAAGAUUAAACUGCGCUCCUGUGUGGUAAGACUGUUUAGUUGCCGACUUCAUAGUUGGAGUUUGAUAUUCCAGCACGGAGUCCACGAUGUAUUCAGAAAUCCAAGCUGGUGUCAUACAUUUCAUUCUGAUGUGAACUUUUCUCUGCUUCCCUUUGUUCUAAGACUCCAUUUUGCAAUAAACGUUUUGACAGUAAA